AUGGAGACGCAGCCCGAGAGCAACGUGAACUCGUACGUCUUUCUCUGGAGGACGACGGAGAGCUACGGGGAGCUAAGCCAGUGGUACCACACGCCCUUCGUGUUCGACGAAAAGAGGUUCGCGAACAUGGAGCAGUUCGUGAUGCACUACAAGGCCGUCGUCUUCAACAACAUGGAGAUCGCCGACAGGAUUCUAAACAGCUUCGAGGCGUACCCCGCGGAGCACAUGAGGAUGGGAAGGAUGAUCAGGGGCUUCGACGAGGCCGUGUGGAGGAAGGUGUGCAUGGACAUCGUCGUGACCGGAUACCUCUGCAAGUUUACGCAAAACGAGGUGGUCAAGAACGUGUUGAUGAGCACGGGCAAGAGGGUGCUCGUGGAGGCGAGUCCGGCCGACAGCAACUGGGGCAUCGGCUUCGACAGGAGCAACGCCAUCGCGAACAUGAGCAUGUGGGGCAGCAACAAGCUGGGCAGGGCGCUGAUGGUGGUCAGGGAUCCGAAUACAUUGGCCCUUAUCACGUGCCAACGCUCUGGGGGAUCGAAGGUAUUGUUAUCAACAGAAAUUGACGAAUGCCUGUUACUGUACCAUGGGAGCCUUGCUGUAAGCUACUCUCAUGGACUUGUCGAGUUCGGUUCGCCCUUCCACCGCAGGCACCAUAGGCGUCCCAAGAACGGGCACCCUGGGUUCUCGAAAGUUGGGCCCUCCAUCUACUCCGGACCAAGCGUCUGGCUGUGGGUGGAGUGCUCGAAUAUUUUCGCAUUCGGAGUGAUUACCACAUUCUCCAGAUAUCCCUAUGGCGUUAUGAAUGAUCCGAACAUUGAGAACAAAAGAAGUGUCUUCGAUUAA